AUGAAAGACCCUGACCCCAAGAACCAGGAAAAAAACUCCAUCCCAAAAUUUGGCAGCUUCAAGCUUCCUUCAUCUACUACUGAUACAGUAGAUACCGCCAAUCACCGCCCGCGAAGAGAUUCUGACCGUACUGAUCAUACUAAGUCUCGAUCAUCUCGGCGAUCUGACAGAAGUCUGCAUGAGAGAUCGUCUGGUCGCCAAUCUCGCUCACGAUCGCCCACACUCCAACAAGUUCGAAAAUAUCCCGAGUCUGCUGCUUCCAAGACAUCUUCCACCCAGCGACGUGAUCGUCAAUCCCGCUCACGUCAUAGUCAUCGCGAUCUAUCCAAAGAUCGUCGGCAUUCAAGACAGCGCGCCGAGUCUAACGAACACAUCCUGUCCUCUAGAAAGCGCCUACCUAACAAACACGAUCUGCCCACUGAACAAAUUCGAUCUACCGAAUCUAGCGGAAUCCAACAUGGUUUACUCCCCGACCGAAACAAUCUUGCGGUCGGCACGCCGACAUGGGCGCAGGUCUCAACCACAACCAAGGAUUCGUCCUUAGACUCCUCUGUUGAAUUUGUCCUUGAUACCAAGGGUGUUGGAAAUACCGUGUGUGUGACAGGGGACCACUGGAAUCCCCAACGUUACCGCCGAUUCGGUGGGGGCUUUGUCCUUGGUCUUGGCCGAACACACAGGAUUGAACGUGGCCAGUCUUAUGAAGACGAUAUAGUUUUGCGCCCUUGUACGAUUGCAGAUUCAUCAAUCAAAGGGAGAGAGGACCGUCUCUUUGCUGGAGAAGAUAAGAACUUAUCUGGAGGCCAUUUGCUACCCCCGCCCGAGUACCGUAUUCAUGGCUCGGCUGCCAAUUUGCUUCAGCCUGACGAAGAUUUUGUUUUCAUUGACGGAGAGGAUUUGGUCCCAUCAGACACGGAACAGACCACUGAACAAGUCGAUGUCGAUGCCGAAAGCAAAACCCGAAAUGCAACACUAUGGAAGGAAGUUGAAAAUAAGCCGCAGGAUAUCGAUGCAUGGCUUAAGUUUAUUGAUCACCAAGAUAUUUUAAUCCUAGGAUCAAAAGAGGAUUCCCAUUGCUUCACGCGCGAUGAAAGAACCAGCCUUGCCGAUGUGAAGCUGUCCUUAUAUCGAAAAGCUCUCACGAGUGCCAGCAACAGUCCCCACAGAGACCGUCUUUUGCUAGGCAGGCUGCAAGCCGGGGCCCAAUUGUGGGAUUCUGAAAAGCUGUUGACUCAGUGGGAAAAAACUCUUCUUGAAAAUCCCGAAUUCAUUAGUCUAUGGGUCAAGUUCCUGGACUUCUGUCAAACUGACUCGCCAAAUUUCACCUUUGGGGAGUGCGUCGCUACUCACGAAAAGUACUUGAGGCAUGUUUCAUCCCUGAUCCCACUUCGACCCAAGAUGGUUCAGGUUCUGGUUUAUAUAUUCCUUCGCCUCACCCUUCUCUUUCGGGAAGCAGGAUAUAACGAAAUUGCAGUCGGUCUCUGGCAGGCUGUGCUUGAAUUUUGUUGUUUCAAACCCGAAUCCCUCGUCGACUCUGACGAAAUUUUAUCCUCAUUUCGCCAGUUUUGGGAUUCAGAAGCACCCCGUAUCGGGGAAGAUGGAGCAAAGGGCUGGAGCAAUAACACAAGCUCAGGUCCGGAUCCCACCACUACAAAUUAUUCGUCCAAUGUUCAAUUUCCGCCCGAUGUGGCAUCUUGGAUAGAAGCGGAAAGGGAACGAAUCACUGAAUCCCAAUUGCCAUGGCGCAGCUUAGAUGGAUCAACUCCAAACGUUGACGAUCCACUCAAAGUAACGCUCUUUUGUGACAUCGAUCACAUACUGCCGCUUUUCUGUAAUUUGACCCAGUCAGAUGAGCUGCUUGAUGGUUUUUUGUACUUCAGCCAGUUGCCACACUUGACAUUUCCGAGCAACAUCCAGACAACCCGAGUUUGGGGAUGGGACAACCUUCUAAGAAACGAGUUUGUGGCAGAUCAUCGGCUUGGCCUUUCUUCUUGGAUCCCGCCUCGCGACGAGGAGACCAAAAAGCCACCAAAGCCUUUCCAUUAUCCCCUUCAGAACUUUUUGCAUACAACUGAGACUCUUUUCGCUUCGCCUGAUACUUGGUUCUACUCAUUUCAGUGGUGGGAAAAAUCCCGUUCUUUUAAACCACCUCUUAAGGCCCAUCAGUUGGCACUGCGUGCGUUACGAGCCUUGGUAGAUCGACAUUCGGAUGAUGAUGAGCUUGUGGAAUAUGCUUUAGCGUUGGAGUUUGCAUUUGACCCCGCCAUCGGCAAAAAGAGUGCCAAGAAAAUUGUGAAGAAGAGGCCAUCAUGCUUGAGGUUAUGGAAUGCAUUGGCUUUGAUGGAGUCAAGAAGUGAGGGCGAUGAAAGCAAAAACAAAGCGAAUGGUAUUUGGGCGACCGCUCUUUCAAUGAGCUCUGGUUUUACACAACCCGAGGGAAAGGUGGAUCGCGUCAUUCUUUGGCAAUCUUGGAUUUGGCACUUUGUGGAAAGAGGCGACAUGGCCCAAGCUUUGUAUCUCCUACACCACAUUACCGAUGAAAAGGUCGAUCCGGAGCAAAUCCCGAGUCAGUCGACGUUCUUCAAUCCCACCGCAACUGUCAAGAUACAGAAAUUCCUGCGAGAAUGCCAGGAAAAGGCUUUGGCGGCCCGAAGAGCUCAGGCAUACGUUGCCUACACCGAUUGCUUAGGCCUUACUUUUUACGUCGGAAAGUGGCCGUUCUUAUGCUCCUUGGAUGUCUACGAUAACGCUGUUCUGCAACUUAAGCAGCUAGCUGAAGACCAAGAGGCCUUCAAGGCUUUCACGGCAGAAUUACUCCAUCAAGCCCGGGCAAGGGUUAUAUAUAACUGCAUGUGCAAAAAAGAGCAAAUAUACAGCCCCAUGGAAUUCCGGGCGCUCUGUCAGGAGAGCAUAACUCUCUUUCCCCAUAACACGAUUUUCCAGUCGAUGUGCAUGUGGAACGAGUUCAACAUAAUCCAGCUCGAUAGGCUUCGAGAUGUGUACAAGAUGACCAAGGGUGGUAUGGACAGCCAAUACCAACAGGGCAAUGCCUCCUCGCCCGUCAUCCCUCCUCAACUUGUGCCAAUCUCAAGCUAUCUCCUGCCGAUCUGGAUUGAGCUCGUGAGCCCGCGACCAAAUGGCCCCGUCAAUUGGAACGUACGUCCAGCCUUUGAGAGGGCCCUAGGCGAGGUUCUUGACCCUGCAUCAUUCAGAGGCGGAGUUGCUGUACGGAGCCGCUUCGGCGUUGACAGUGCUAGAUCGAACCUCACGAUUUGGAAGCUGUACAUGCUCUAUGAGCGUUACCAUGCUAAAGACCUCCAAGCUGCCAAGGCCGUGUUAUUCCGCGCGAUCCGUGCGUGUCCCUGGUCAAAGGAGCUGAUCAUGUUCGCCUUUGAACACCUUCGCGAUGGUAUGCCAGUUUCAUCCGGGGUAGACACCCUCAACGGCGAUGGCCUGAAGGAUGACGAGCUACGUCGAUUAAUCCUCGUCAUUGAUGAGAGACAGCUUCGGCUGCAUAUCAAUCCAUUAGAUGAAUGA